GCAAGGUGGCGUUUGUUCGUGCGUUGCUUGCUGGUCGCUGUUAAUAACGCCUGCUGCCUAUUGUUAUUGGAAAAGGCUGCUGAAAGCCCAGUCUCAUCAUUGGCAAGGAAGAAGCGGGAGGGACCUGAACAAGGAUAAGAGUGCAAGUCAGCUGUGUUUCAGGAGGUAGCCUAGCAGUGUGCGUUUUGCUCUACAGAGUGAAGACCCAAGUCGAACCGUUCACUCAAGUUUUAUUGUGACAUGAGGAAAGUGUCGCUAGGCAUGAUUUCAACGUGCAGGUGAAACCGGGAAGGAAUUUUUUUAUUUCAGUCCCACUGCACAACUUCUAAAACAAAAACUAAUAAUUUGACUUGUUUAUCGUGCGCAACCGCUCAAAUCUUUCGCGCCACUCUCAAACGUCACACUUUCUUAUAAUCUUUUAACUGUUUGGAGUGAAAUGUCCCGCAAAAAGGCGGGUAAGGGCAAAAACGCCAACACCAGCCUGACGACAGGCAGCCCCAUCGGAAAACAGAACGGGAAAAGUGGGAAGUGCACCGCAGGGACCGGGAGCGUGGUGCAGGCGAACGGUGUGGUUCAUCCGAGCAGACCCUCACUCAGCAACAGCAGCGAGUUUUAUGACAUCGCAUUCAAGGUGAUGCUGGUGGGAGACUCCGGGGUGGGGAAGACCUGUCUGUUGGUGCGCUUCAAAGACGGAGCCUUCCUGGCAGGAAGCUUCAUCUCUACUGUGGGUAUCGACUUCAGGAAUAAAGUGCUGAACAUUGACAGAGUGAAGGUGAAGCUUCAGAUCUGGGACACAGCUGGACAGGAGCGUUUCCGCAGCGUCACACACGCCUACUACCGCGACGCCAACGCUCUCCUGUUGCUGUAUGACGUGACCAACAGAACAUCAUUUGACAACAUCAAGGCCUGGCUGACUGAGAUCUAUGAUUACGCCCAGCAGGAUGUGGUCCUGAUGCUGCUGGGAAACAAGGCUGACGCCACGCAGCAGAGGGUGGUGAAGAGAGAGGAUGGUGAGAGGCUGGCCAAGGAGUUUGGGGUUCCCUACAUGGAGACCAGUGCAAAGUCUGGCCUCAACGUGGAGUUAGCCUUCACUGCUGUGGCCAAAGAGCUGAAGCACAGGUCCAUGAAGGAGCCCAACGAGCCCAAGUUUAAGCUUCAGGACUACGUCAACAAGGAGAUGAAGAGUGCCGGAUGUUCAUGUUAGAGCACUCUGUGUGUGUGUGUGUGUGUGCGUGCGCGUGUGUGUGCAAGGUCAUGUGUCUUGCUCCAGGUCAGAUGUAUUACACCCAUACAUGGUGAUGUGAUGUCACUACCUGUGGCCUCAGCCUGGGAGAUAGGGAGCCAGACAUGUGUGAGAUAUAUCUACGUCACUAACCACCCAGUUUGCCCUUCCUAUGUCCUUUCUAUGCCCUCUGAAAGAAUCCAUUAUGUCCAUAUUCUGUUAUCUGUGAGGCGUCUCUCUCCUCUCCUCACCUCUCUCUUUUCCUCUCCUUUCUCUCUUCUCCCUCCUCUCUUCUCUCCUCCUGUUUUCUGGGGACCCACUGCUCCACUGCUCCACCUCCUUCUGCAGCUGUGAAUGUACUUCUAUAUCCAGCCAUGACUCUUACACCUAUCAGUACUGUCUGACCAUGUUAACCCUAUGACUGUCUGACCAUGUUAACCCUAUGACUGUCUGAUCCUGUUAACACUAUGACUGUCUGAUCCUGUUAACCCUAUGACUGUCUGAUCCUGUUAACCCUAUGACUGGCUGAUCCUGUUAACCCUAUGACUGUCUGAUCCUGUUAACCCUAUGACUGUCUGAUCCUGUUAACACUAUGACUGUCUGAUCCUGUUAACCCAAUUACUGUCUGUACCCUCUUUUACCCAUAGAAUGACUGAAUGUAUACCUCCAUGUAUAAAUCCUCCUAGUCCCUUUGAGGCCUUCAAAUUCGGCCUAACUUGUCAUUUUCAUGGUCCCUUCAGACAGAUAGUGUACAUUUUCCUGGACCACUCCACAUUACCCUAUGACCCCCGUAUUUAACCUUAUCACUGACUGACAACCCCUUAUCAUUGACCAUCUAGCUAUGAGCUUCCAGAACCUCUCAUGACCGCAGCUGCCCAUCUGGAGGCUUCAAGAACCACUCAAACUAGCUGAUCUAGAACCACUCAAACUAGCUGAUCUAGAACCACUCAAACUAGCUGAUCUAGAACCACUCAAACUAGCUGAUCUAGAACCACUCAAACUAGCUGAUCUAGAACCACUCAAACUAGCUGAUCUGUUGUAGCCUAUUUCUUUUUAAAUUACUUUUUGUUGUUUAUUUUGCAUAACAAGCACCUUGAGAUUCUGUCUUUAAUAGAAAGCUCUAUACAAGUGUAAUGUAUUAUUAUUAUCCCUGGC